GGGGUUUUCAGCAUUCGAAAAUCCAAUAUGGCCGUUCAGUCCGUAUCGUGGUUGCUUGUAUAGUUUUUAUUUCUUGAAAAGAACUCACGAAUUUUAACAAAUUUCCAAGAAAAGCUAAUAUCAUUGAGUAGCUGACUAUCUAUACUAAGUGAUGAAUGUGAAAUUUUCCACGAAAGUAUCGUGAAAAGGGAGAAAAUCGUGGAAGAAAAAUACCGUUGACAGAGAGACAACGCCAUCGAAGUCUCGAAAAAAAGGGCCUUCUGGAAAUCUCAUGAAAACAUGUUGAGAAGUAGUGUUUAAGUUAGUGAUAGAGAGUUGUAUUUAGAACCAAAUAGAGAAGUUUUAGAGCGUGGAGUACAAUGGAGUUUGCUCCGCUACCGCAGCAGAAUAUGGGUGCUCCGCCCCCGCCUCCAAUCAACUAUGCCAUGCCUCCGCCUGGGGUGCCACGAUCGUUUCAGGGUGGCAUGAUGGGUGGUGCUGGUAGACCCGGGCAACCCUACUUCAGGGGUUUAUCGGGUUUUCCGCGUGGUCCUGGUGGCAUGCCAAUGAGUCAGGAUGAUUUUGACGGAAAACGCCUGCGAAAAAGUGUCAUGCGGAAGACUGUGGAUUACAAUGCUUCCAUCAUAAGAUCUCUCGAGAAUCGGAUUUGGCAGCGUGAUAGCAGAGAUAGGAGAGCCCUGCAGCCCGAAAGUAUCUAUACACCGGAACUUUUGCCACCGCCCAGCUACAUGGACAAUCCCAGCAAUUCAGUCACGACGAAAUUCGUCAAAACAGCCACAAACAAGAUGAAAUGUCCCAUCUUUACGCUCGCCUGGACACCUGAGGGACGACGCCUGGUCACCGGAGCUAGUUCCGGAGAGUUUACCUUGUGGAAUGGGCUUACAUUUAACUUUGAGACAAUUCUUCAGGCCCAUGAUGCUCCCGUGCGAACGAUGGUGUGGUCUCACAAUGACAAUUGGAUGGUGACUGGUGAUCAUGGUGGUUACGUUAAGUACUGGCAAUCAAAUAUGAACAACGUGAAAAUGUAUCAGGCUCACAAGGAACCGAUUCGUGGCAUAAGCUUUAGUCCUUCGGAUAAUAAAUUUGCCACUUGUAGCGACGAUGGAACUCUCCGAGUCUUCGAUUUCUAUCGAUGUGUUGAAGAGAGGAUCCUCAGAGGUCAUGGAGCUGAUGUUAAAUGUGUUCACUGGCAUCCACAGAAAGCUCUCAUUGUCUCCGGCAGCAAAGACAAUCAGCAACCGAUAAAAUUAUGGGAUCCCAAGAGUGGUCAAGCUCUUGCAACACUACAUGCCCAUAAGUCCACCGUGAUGGAUCUCAAAUGGAAUGACAAUGGAAAUUGGUUGGUGACUGCAUCGCGUGAUCAUCUGCUCAAGCUCUUUGAUCUGCGCAACUUGAGUGAAGAAGUACAAAUAUUCCGGGGUCACAAGAAAGAAGCAAGUGCUGUGUCAUGGCAUCCCAUUCACGAGGGUUUGUUCAGUUCGGGGGGCUCAGAUGGAUCAGUGCUAUUUUGGAAUGUUGGCACUGAUAAAGAAGUGGGUGCCAUUGAUACUGCACACGACAGUAUUGUAUGGACAUUGGCAUGGCAUCCACUCGGUCAUAUUCUCUGUUCUGGCUCCAAUGAUCAUACAAUAAAGUUCUGGACGAGAAAUCGUCCUGGUGAUCAAAUGCGUGAUCGCUACAAUUUGAAUACACUUCCGGCAAGUCUUCAAGGCUAUGAUGACUGUGAAAUUGAUGAUCACGUUGUAAUUCCCGGAAUGGGCCUUGAUGAUAAAGUUGACUUCACUGAGAGUUUAACAGCAGAGCGUGAUUAUAUUCCUGGACUUGAUCUUGAGUCUGAUUAUGAUCGUCACAGAGAGAAGAGGCCAUACAGUAAACCCAUACCACGAAAAUUCCAAGCACAGUGGAAUGAUAUGGGGAAAGUGGAUGAAGAAGCAGCGUCGCAGGAGAUUAAGGAAGUCAUCACACAAAUUGUAGAAAAUACACCAGGGGCAAUGUCUCAAAAAGUUGCUCCAUCUUCGAUUAUUGUAUAUGGAAAGCUCAUUCAUGUUAAACCUGGAACUCCCCUUGAAGCAGCUAUUCUCGAAGGAUCAAUUGCCCUCAAUCAGUACAUAAGUUCAGGAGCCAUUGAGGAGCUAAAAGAUGUGUUGCCACAGAUCGAAGAGAAGUUGAAGGAGAAGGAGAAGGAGAAGGAGAAGGAGACGGAAAAAGAGAAAGAAGACAAAACAGAAGAAGAAUCUGAGGAGAAAGAUGGGGAAGAUGCACCAGCACCCAAACGUGCCCUGAUAGAUCACAAUGUUCAGUAUAUCUAUGAUAAGCCAAAUCCGGCAAUUCCGUCGUUGCUGGACCUCAAACUGGAUACAGUCAAUCUUCCAGCCUCAACAGUUCCGCCGACGUACGAGAGAGAGCGCCUGAGGAACGGUACGGGAGAACCAGUGGCUGCUCUUACCAGCCCCUGGCAACAAUCUUCCACUGGGCCAGCACAGACCGUAACACCAAGUCCCUGGGCCUUCGGGCAAGCCCCUCAGUCGUUGAAUGAGGUGACCAUGAAUUUCCGCAGUAAUCUCAAUGCAGCAGCCUUUGGGCCCGCUGCUGGGGGCAGCAAUGAGUGGUCGAAUGGCGGUUCAGCCCGGAAGGGAGAUAAUUUCCGGGAUGGACGUAGCCGGAAUGGUGAUGGGGCUAAUGGGUCCAGCAGUCGUCGGCCGGGAUCUUCUACUACGUCAGGAGAUCGCACCCGCAGAACAGGGGGCAGAUGGGGUAGACGCGUUUAGAACAAAAGGUAUGGUAACGCUUGCAGACUAAAAACGUUUUAAUUAUUUAUCUAUCUGAUAAAAUUGUCCAUUUUAUAUAAUUUGCACACACUAUAAUGUGGCUAAAAGAGAUUUCAAAAGAAAUAUUGUAAAAAUAGUUGAAUAAAUGAUCAAGAUACAAAUCA